AUGGCUCCGAGGAAGAGAACAGGCGGUGGAGCAAAGAAAUUCAACAAUCAGAAUCAAAAUCAGCAAUCCCAGCUGCCCAAAUAUGGAAUCCAGCAUUUCUUCGACCAACAUUCCCAGAGUCAGAAAUCCCUUUCUGAAAAUAGCUCUAAAAACAAUAUCAAUCUGAGAAACCCCAUUUCCGAUUCUGUCACUGGGAAGAAACAAAAUUUGCAGAUUUCCCCCAAAGUCAAGUCAGUUGAUCCGAAGUUGAAUAAAGGAUUGGAAGAUGCGAGUGUGGAAGCUAAGGAACCCAAAAAAUUGGCUAGGAAAAUUGAUUCCAUGAGUAAAUAUUUGAGGGGUGGAAGUACAAAUAAUGUGGUAGUAUCAAGUAAAAUUAAUGUGAACAAUGGUGUUUCUGGGCAUGAGUCCAGAAAUGAAAUGGGGAUUUUGCAGGCUUCUAAUAUGAGAAAUGGGGAUUCAGGUACCAGUGAAAAAUCUAGCAAUCAUUUGAAUACGGGGAUUGUGCCUUUGGAAAAUAUUAUAAAUGGGGGUAAUUUGGGGGAAAGUGAGUUGAAUAAUCAAUCUCAGAAUACACCGUAUGAGAAUAUUUUGCCAGUGGAUAAUGAUGACGUGGAAAAUCAAUUAGAGGUGUCGCCUGAGGCUUGCAAGUCGUUGUCCGUCAAGCGCUUCAAGUUUUCUCCGGGAAUGUUAAUAAAGCAAAGCCAGGAUGAUGGAGGUGAUGAGGUGACAUGGAGAAUUUCUCCAGUAAAUGAGCGGCUCCAUUCAAUGUCAAAGCACUUUCCAGGGAUGAUCAAAGUCUUGGCAGAUUCUUCUAGGUUAAACUCCAUGAAUUUUCAGCAAUGUUCACAGAAAAAGGUGCUAGCUUCUCCUGGUGAGUCAGGGAAUCUAGAAAAGUGGCUCUCUUCCCCUCCACUAAAGGCAGAUGAAAAAUCUUUGAUAUGCUCGGAUAGGGUUACCUUGAGAAAGGUGAAUUCAGACCGUGAUGUGGAUUUUCAUGGAAGCAAUGGAACCAAUAGUAAGAGUAACUCUGAUGUUUUUAAUAGUCAGAGCCCUUUUAAUACUCCACCAUCUCUAUCUUUUUGCCAUGACAAGGCUGCUGAUGGUUUAGAUUCUAGUGGAGUGCCUGAUGAACAGGGUUCAAGGCAGCACAAAAAGGCAUUGAUUGAAAUUUUAGAUCAAGUAGAAAAUGUAAUAUCUGUUGAAGAAUCAGAAUGUAAGGACGAGGAAACAUUAUUAGAAGCUGAAAGAUGCCCUGAAGCUGAUCUUGCUGUGAAUCAAUUGACAAUCAAUUCAAAUGAAAAUAUCAACAGCAAAGCUUCUAAUUGCCAUUUUCUUGUAUUGGAGGUUUCAGAAAAGCAUGGGUCUACUGAUUCAUCUGGGCCUCAUUUCCCUUUUAAGGUUCUACGCUUACUGAAUGAACAGAGUGGAGAAGAGCGGGCAGUGCAGUUAUGGGAUGAAUGGUUUUUCAGCGUUGUUGCACCUGGAGAUACUGUUCACGUCAUUGGUGAAUUUGAUGGUCAUGGGAAGUGUGAUGUAAAUCGCGAGAACAAUUUUCUGAUUGCCCACCCGGAUAUUCUGGUGUCUGGCACUCGGGUUGCUUCUAGUUUCAGCUGCCCAAGGCGUGCUAUCCUGGAUGAGAGGUUAAAAAGUAACGAGCAUUCAGCUGCAGCAUUAAUGGGUACCUUGUUGCACCAGAUAUUUCAGGCUGGGCUCAUCAAGGAAUCUCCCACAAAAGAGUUUUUGGAGGAAUAUGCGAGAAUAGUGCUUCAGAAAAACCUUGAGAACCUAUAUGCAUGUGGAGUGGAUGAAAUUGAUACUCAAAAAACCUUGUUUGCGGCUAUCCCAAAAAUACUGAACUGGAUAUCCAGCUUCCGAGAUUCACAGGAUUUCAAAAGUCCAAGCAUUGAUUUUAAAUGUGAUGAAGGACUGAAGAAGAUCAAAAUUUCCGAGGUAAUUGACAUCGAGGAAAUGGCAUGGGCUCCAAAGUAUGGCUUGAAGGGGAUGAUUGAUGCCUCUGUGCAAGUAAGGAUUGAAUCAACCUUGCAUGAGGCUCAUGAGAUGAUAAUGCCAUUAGAGUUCAAAACUGGGAAGGGAACUAGUGGCCAGACAACCAUGGAACAUAGUGCACAAGUGAUGCUAUAUGCCCUCCUUAUGUCAGAAAGAUACAUGAAAAAUAUCGAAUGUGGCCUUCUGUAUUAUCUUCACACAGAUCAGACACAGGGAAUUUCUGUACGGAGAUCUGACUUAGUUGGGCUUAUAAUGCGUCGUAAUGAGCUUGCAAAUGAUCUUCUAAAGGCAUUAACCGCUCAGCAACUGCCACCAAUGUUACAGAGUCCAAAUAUGUGCAAAGGUUGUCGCCAUCUUAGCGUUUGUUCUGUUUACCACAAGGCUUAUGGUGGAACUACUGAAGGUAGCGGACUGGGGGAUGUGUUUGACUCGUUGAUCUCUCAUUUAACAACUGCGCAUACCGAUUUUCUCAAAAGAUGGGAGCGGUUAGUUGACCUGGAGGCUAAAGCGCUGGAGGUUGUAAAGAAAGAAAAUUGGUGCUCGCAGAGCUUAAGGAACGACCCUUCCCCUAUUUCCCUUUCAUCUCUUGUUCUUGACGCUUCAGAUAAACCACUUCACAAAAACUUUUGCAAGAACAACAAAUUUGUUUAUCGCUUUGUACACCGAGAUUUUCCUUUGUCUGGAACAGAAGAACUGAAUAGGGGUUCUCUGAACUCUUCUUUGUCCUUGGAUUGUGCACUUAGGAUGGGUGAUUAUGUGAUAUUAAGCAUUGAACCUGGUUGCCAUCGAGUUGCUAAUGGAGUGAUAGUGGAUGUUGGUAACUCCCAUGUUACAGUAUCUUUCACAAAGUGCUUAAGGCUUCCGGGAAGCAGUCGUAAAUCAGCAACACGAGAACUUCAUCUGCAAUCCUGGAGGAUUGACAAAGAUGAAGUUAUGUCAUCAUUUGCCAUCAUGAGGUUUAACCUUGUACAAGUUUUUCUGCAAAAUGAACGUAGUUCUCACCUGCGGAAGAUGAUCGUUGACCUUGAGAUGCCUAGGUUUGACAGCGGAUGUAUAUUUAGUCAAGAUCCUGCUAUUUCAUAUGUCUGGUCAGAGAAAAGUUUAAAUGAUGAUCAACGCAGAGCCAUCCUCAAGAUACUUACUGCAAAGAAUUAUGCCCUUAUACUUGGAAUGCCUGGAACUGGCAAAACGUCCACUAUGGUGCAUGCUGUGAAGGCGUUGUUGAUGAGAGGUGCAUCCAUUUUGCUUACGUCCUACACAAACUCAGCUGUUGAUAAUUUACUUAUCAAAUUGAAAGCUCAGGGAAUAGAUUUUAUACGCAUUGGAAGAGAUGGAGCUGUGCACACGGAAGUUGAAGGGAAUUGUAUAUCAGCUAUGAAGAUGGAUAGCACUCAAGAGAUUAAGAUAAAGCUGGAACAAAUCAAAGUUGUUGCGGUCACUUGUUUGGGGAUAAAUAACCCUUUGCUCACUAACAAGAGAUUUGAUGUAUGCAUAAUGGAUGAAGCAGGACAGAUUACCCUGCCGGUGUCUUUGGGACCGUUGAUGCUUGCAUCAAAAUUUGUUCUUGUGGGAGAUCAUUAUCAAUUGCCGCCGCUUGUUCAGAGUCCAGAGGCAAAAGAGAAUGGAAUGGCCGUGAGCCUCUUCUGUAGAUUAUCAGAAGCGCAUCCACAGGCAAUUGCUGCUUUACAUAGCCAGUACCGGAUGUGUGCAGCCAUAAUGGAACUCUCAAAUGCAUUGAUAUAUGGAAACAGACUGCGUUGUGGUUCUUCAGAAAUAGAGAAUGCCAAACUCAAGUACACAUGUAAAGCAUCUGCUCCUUCGUGGCUGGAGCAGGUUUUGAAUCCAAAGCACCCAGUGAUAUUUAUUAACAUAGAUUUGUUGCCCACAUACGAGAAAACUGACCGCAAAGCCGUAAAUAACCCUAUUGAAGCUUAUAUUAUUGCAGAGGUUACAAAAGCAUUGUUGCUUAGAGGCAUUCGAGGGGAAGAUAUUGGCAUCAUCACACCGUACAACUCUCAGGCAAAGCUCAUUCAGGAAGCUGUUUCUGCACCUGUGGAGAUACAUACCAUUGACAAAUAUCAGGGGAGGGAUAAAGAUUGCAUAUUGGUCUCCUUCGUAAGGUCCAGUCAAAAUCCCGGAAUCAGUACUUCUUCAUUGCUCGGAGACUGGCAUCGUAUUAAUGUUGCUCUUACACGAGCAAAGAAGAAGUUGAUAAUGGUGGGAUCCUGCAGAAGUCUCUCAAAAGUGCCAUUGCUAAAACUUCUGAUUGAGAAGGUAGAAGAGCAGUCAGGUAUGCUUAUUAUCUCCGAUAAGGAUUUUAACAUCAAUGCUGAGCUGAAGAGAUGCUCCAAUAUUAGAUGA